CAGCAGAACAUUAGCUUUAUUUGCUAAAAUUCAUCAGAACAAACUGAGACCACGUUGUCAAAACUAGUCACUCAGAAAACAAGAAAAACUCGUUCGGUCAUCCACGUCCUAACCGUCAUUUCAGAGCACUUUAACCACUGACAAUAUAUUUUUUUUGGAGGUGGAGACUAUCGGCAGUUAACCUGCAAAGAGGAAUGCUCUUUGCAAGUCAAAGGCGUUCCCAGUAAAAGAGCCAGCAGAUGUUUUUUAAUUUUUUUUUUUUAUGAUCUUGUUUUGUUCAAUCAGAUCAGGUUGGGCCACACAACACGCAAUUUUUAGGACAGCAAAAAUGAUGAGAAAACUCAGCUUCUUGGUAGCUUUAGUUCUCCUCAGUCUGGUGUUUUUUGCUGGGGUUUUACUCUACAGCAAAGACAGCUUUUUGACUUAUUUAACAACAACCUAUGCUGUGGCAAAUGGAAACUACACAUUUUCCGGGAGGGUAAAAGAGACUGAAGACCCAAAAGUCAGCCAAGGAAUGACACAUAUGCCGGCCUCUAUGAACAAGACUUUGGGACCCUGUACUGACCCCCCUCCAAAUCUUCUGGGACCUCUCCAAGUGGAGUUUAACUUAAGUCUGACUUUGGAAGAGGUGAUAAAGGAGAUCAGUCCUGCUCUCCAGGAGGGAGGAAGGUACAAGCCGCCAGACUGCAUCGCAAUACAGAAGGUGGCAAUCAUCAUCCCAUUCCGAAAUCGGCAUGUGCACCUGAAACAAUGGCUGUAUUAUCUCCAUCCUAUAUUGAUGCGGCAGCAGCUGGACUAUGGUGUGUAUGUCAUCAACCAGGAUGGAGAUGGACUGUUCAACCGGGCUAAACUGAUGAAUACAGGAUAUGUUGAAGCCCUGAAGCAAUAUGAUUAUGACUGCUUUGUCUUUUCUGACGUAGACCUGAUUCCCCUAGAUGACCGCAACCUCUACAGAUGUUUUGACAAUCCCAGACACUUGAGUGUGGCUAUCGACAAAUUUAACUAUGUUUUACCCUCUGAAACCCUCUUCGGUGGGGUCUCUUCAUUUUUCAAGAAUCAAUUCUUGAAAACUAAUGGCUUCUCGAACACUUACUGGGGCUGGGGUGGUGAGGAUGACGAUAUGUGUAAGCGAACCCUCUUCCGUGGGAUGUCCAUUUCUCGGCCUGACGCUGACAUUGGAAGGUACAAGAUGAUCGUACAUAACAGAGACUUGCACAAUGAGGCCAAUCCAGAGAAUGCUGAAAAAGUGGGACACGCCGAGACAAACAUGGAUGAAGAUGGGAUUAAUUCCCUGAAAUACACAGUCAAGGAGAUUGUGAAGGGUGCCUUGUACACUUUUAUCACUGUGGAUAUUCAGGCUCCAGCAAGCUAAAAAACAUUUAAAACUACAUUUGGCAUUUAAUAAAUUUGAGUGAGACAUAACAUUUUUUUAAAAUUUGAAGGUAUGUUGAGGUAUUUAGAGAUAAAAUACAACACGUUAUCAAAGAUUAAACCAGUGAUUUUUACAUUUUUAUUUUUAUUUUGCCUUCUGGCAUCCUAAAAGAAAGCAGGAUACAGUCACGCUGACGGACUGAUUCUGAUGUGAUAGCAGAAGUACUCAGGUCUGCCACUUUAAGGAGGGACAACAAUCCAGAAUGUAUGGCUCGUAAAUGAUCUACACAGGUUGAUGCAAAGAUUAAUAUUUCUGUCUGAGAUCUGACGAUUACUGAUCGAGGUCAAAGUCUAUUUUGAAACCAGUCCCUAUGAAUAAAUAGUAUAUGGUGGUGAAGGGAUUUUAUAUCUUGUUUUACAUUUACUUGUACAAUUAUUAAUUUCAAUCAAUCAAUCAAUCAAUCAAUCAAUCAAUCAAUCAAAAUUUAUUUAUAGAGCACUUUACAACACUCAAAGUGACCAAAGUGCUUUCCAGUUAAAAUCAAACAGUAAAAUUAGAAAUAAAAGCAAAUUAAAAGAAAGCAACAAUAGAACACAUAAUAAAAUCAAAUGAAAUCAAAUAAAAUGAGAUAAAAUAAGAUAAAAUGUCACCACAUUACUGAGUAUUAAAAGCCAGUCUGAAAAGAUAUGUUUUGAGCCGGGGUUUGAAAAGGCCAAAGUCGGUGAUGGUGCGCAUGUCAGGGAGCAGUUUGUUCCAAAGCCUGGGUUGUACCUGGCAUAAUUUAGUUCUAUUGAUUCCUAUUGGAUGUCUGACAGAAAUGCAACAUCUUUUAUAUUUUUAUUGUUGUCAUAUGGGACACAGGGGAAAGGUAAUAUGUCAGUGAGAAACCUGUUAUUACAUUUGUUGUUGAAAAUUGUUUAUACUGUUGUUUUCACUAUUUUUGGUUGUCACAGUUUAAGAAUGACAAUUGGAUGAUUAUUAUUGUGGCAGUAAUGCAAUGGUAUAUGUAUAUGUUUCUUUUGGAUGGAAGGGGUUGAUAUUUAUUCAUAACCUUUGCAGCAAACAUAGCAUUCUGUACAGUACCCAUAUAUAUGAUGAUGUCUUGUGGUCAGCAAAAAUUUUUUUUUAAUUAAACAAUUGAAAAGAAUUGUACUGAAAUGUGUUUCUUCUACGGUUUAGCACCUAGCUUGGCCAUGAACAUCAAAACUAAAUAAAGUAUGAGCACAUUGGGAAUGAGACACAAUCUACAUUAAGUACAAUUGUUCAAUAGAUUCAAGAUGCAAGCUACAAUAUUAACAAACAUUAUUUACCAUCUGAUCAGCAGAUAUACUGUAGCUGUCUUCUUUAUUCAUUCCCAUUUUUACAACAGUGUAAAUUUUCCCAGGAGUCAGUUACAGUUUCUUCUUUACUGGGGUGCUUUGCAUUCUAGAGACUUUGUAGGUUUGUCCCUCUACGUAAAACUGCCUUUGGACAAUCGAUCUUCUCCUACAAAGCAAUAGCAGAAUGGAAUAAGCUUCCCACUGAACUAAAGACAAUAACUGAUUUUAAAAACUUUUGUAAAGAGAAUAAAAAAUGGAUCCGGAGAAACCAAACCUGUCAGCAUUGACAGUCCUUGAAAUGACAUUUUUUUUUUUUUUUAAUCGUGUAAAUGUGAGAACAUGAGAUCCUUUUUUAAACAAAUGUGAUGCAUUGCUUUUCUAUCUUUACUUGUUUCUCUCUUGCCUGCCCCAAGGACUGCAGAUGGAAACUAGCGAGUACGCUAUAAUCUGGUACAGAUUAUAGCGUACUCGACCAACACACACCGGCAAAGUAAGGCAGAUUAGACUAGCUAGCAGCAGUGUCACACACAUGAAGACAAUGAGCAGAACGAUCUUCAGUGGGAAGUUGACGGGCCGGUGGUACGGCUGGAAACCCACUGGACCGCCCUGCUGCAGAAUGGCCUGAUGGGCAGCGUGAAGCCCCUCCCCCAGACUGGGAGUCAGGUUGUUGUUAUGGCGACCGGGAGGGUUAUUUGGUUGGUUGUGUUGCGCCUUGGAAUUAUCCUCUAAUUAAAAUUUAAAUACACCUGCUAAAAAGUUAAAAACACAUGGUAUUAAGAUAUAAUUCAUGAUUCAAGACAAGUUAAAAACAUAAUUCAUAAUUGUUUGCAAAGGUAAAAAAAAACAUUUAAUGCUGAUAUGUACAAUAACAUUGAUUGUGAAUGUGUACCUGCAGUGUUAUUACAUAGUCCUGUACCUUUAAGAAAGAGACACGCAAUGACUUGUGGGAAGGCAAGUCCCGACAGUGUGUUGUAGUAGCAGAAAAACAAAAGAAAUGCUUGAAGUUACUGAACCGAGGGUUGUUAAUAAAAGUUGCCCAAAACGAA